AUGAAGUUGGAUCCUGCAGUCGCUCAGCUUCUCAAUCUCGACCCUGACACAACAACAGUGUCUCCAGCUGGAGGAGGGGGGUGCAGCUCCGCAUCGACCUCAAAGAUUACUUCUCGGCUUCACGACGGGAGCGAGAAGUUAUUCUUCAUGAAAACUGGGCGAGGGGAGGACGCAGAGGUCAUGUUUAGGGGAGAACACGAAUCACUCAACGCGCUGCAUUCCGCCGUCCCCUCCCUAUGCCCAGCGUCGUUCGGCCACGGCAGGUUUGAAGACCAGCCCUCCACCUCUUUCCUCGUGGCUGAAUUCCUCAAUCUGGGAGGACGCUCGGCUUCCAAAUCUGGACCGUCCCUCGCCGCCAAACUCGCGAAACUUCAUACGACGCCCGCACGUAUACCAGAAGGCUACGACAAGCCGAUGUUCGGGUUCCCAGUAACGACAUGCUGCGGCGAUACACCGCAAGACAACAGCUAUAAAGAGUCAUGGGCGGACUUCUACGCGGAAAAUCGGCUACGGUUCAUUUUGCGGAGAGCGGAGAAGUCGAAUGGUUCAGACAAGGAGCUGCACACUCUCGUUGAAGCGACUGCAUCAAAGGUAGUCCCGAGGCUGAUUGGGGACUCGCACCUCAACAACGGCAAAGGCGUUACUCCUGUGGUAGUCCAUGGCGAUCUCUGGAGCGGGAAUGCUAGUGUAGGAACCAUUGGGUCGAAGAGCGGAGAGCCGGAAGAUGUUGUCUUUGACCCAAGUGCUUGCUACGCGCACAACGAGUAUGAGCUGGGUAUAAUGAAGAUGUUUGGCGGUUUUGGUGGCAGCUUUCUGAAAGAAUAUCAUGAACUGUGUCCCAAGACGGAGCCAGUGGAGGAGUACGAGGACAGGGUGAAGUUGUACGAGUUGUACCAUCACCUCAACCAUUACGCCUUGUUUGGCGGCGGAUACAGGUCCGGAGCGGUCAGUAUAAUGAAGAGCUUGGUCAAGAAGUAUGGUAAUGGAUGA